UUUGCAGAGCUCCACCUCUAACCUGUUCACCCCAGACAAAAGAGCUCCAGGAUGAGAGUAUAAGAAGGCAGGUGGAGGUGAUUCCAGCAGAUACGCUGACCAGAAAGCCCUGUGUCUCACCAUGGUAGGAAAGCCAGCUCUUGUGGUUUGUCUCCUCUUAGUUCUUCUUUCUGAAACUGCGGAAUCAAGGAGGAAAAGACCAGUCAAAAAACCCGUUACAAAACCUCCAAAAGAAGAACAAGUGAGCAAGGUCAAAAUAUCCGUUCCUCUGCCAGUUACUCCUGCUCCUCCUGUUACAAAACCUCCAGAGGAACAACAAGUGAGCGAGGUCAAAAUAUCCGUUCCUCCUGCUCCUCCUGUUACAAAACCUCCAGAGGAACAACAAGUGAGCGAGGUCAAAAUAUCCGUUGAUAAAGCUUCUCCCGAUACAAAACCUCCAGAAGAAGAACAUGUGAGCGAGGCCUCAAGCGGAGCAGUAACUGCUCCGGAAAAUGAGACAACAGCAGAGAACACUCACGCGAAGGAAACUGAAAUAGGUGACGAUGGUUCUGAAAAUGAGGUACCGACUACUGAAGAUACAGGUAGUGGUGCAGAGGAUACAGAAGAAACAACGGAGAGCGAACCUGUGAGCAGUCCAGUGGGAGAAGAUACAGAAGAAACAACGGAGAGUGAACCUGUGAGCAGUCCUGGGGAAGAAGAUACAGAAGAAACAACGGAGAGUGAACCUGUGAGCAGUCCUGGGGAAGAAGAUACAGAAGAAACAACGGAGAGCGAACCUGUGAGCAGUCAUGGGGAAGAAGGUGUUCCUGACAAGUCUGAGGAGUCGUGCGAGGGUGAAAUCGCUCUGUCUACAUCUGGACCCAUACCAAUAUACGUCAAGUUCUCAGACUUGAUCAAAGUUCUUAAACAUCAUUGUCCAAGGCUCUGGACUCUGUGAUGACUUCGAAACGCUUCAGCUCCACCUACAGCACUUGUACAAUCAGCGACUCUGGAUCCAAACAACAGCUCAUGAAUAGUCACAGGUCACAGCUGGAUGCUCCCGACAAUCACACACCGAACUUUCCUUCCACCUAGCAGAGCUCAGCUUUGCAUGAUGCAGCAGAGUUGAGUUCACCAUUUUACAAAUGAGUUAUCAUAGAGCCGGUAGCAUCCAGUUCAAUGAUAGAUUCAGCUCUACUUUAUGCAGGGAUGCUCAACCUGCAGCCCUCCAGCUGUUGUAAAACUACAACUCCCACCAUGCCCCGCUGUAGGCUAAUAACUGUACGCUGUCUAGGCAUGCUGGGAGUUGUAGCUUUGCCGCAGGGUAGGCAUCCCUGCUUUUAUGCAAUGCUCUUGUUGUUUUAGCAUCUUCUACCCCUACCGGUUUUCUGAACUAUAACUCCCAACAUGAUUCAUUGUAGCCAGUGAAAUGAAGAAAACUAUUUUUCGGAUGAUCUAUAUUCAGACUGCUACAAUGACAUCAGAACUACGCAUCGCUCCAUCUAACACGUUCAUCGCACUAAAGAGGAGACAAGUCUAAACUGCAUAAAUCCUCAACGUAAUUAUCUGUUAUGGAGUUAGAACUGCUCAGAGUGUCAUUAUUCAUAACCCCCAUCAUUCACAGAUACACAGCUUUGCAUGCAAGAUUGAUACACAAAAUACACAUUGUAACGAGUGCU